AAAUUAUGAUGAUAAUCUAAAAUCUUUGAAAAAAAUUAGUGAAAGUAUCAAGAAGCACAAGAAAGAUCUGACUAAAGGCAGAGAAACUAUGCCCUCCAAAGAAGUUGAGUACAAAAAGUAUAAGGAGAAAUCCGAAAGUUGCUCGAAAAAUUCCGAAAAAUUUAUUUACCUUGGUGCAGGUCUUGCAUUUUGCAAUACCUUCUAUAUAAUUACUAUUCUUUUGGACGGUCGUAUGGGAUUUUUAACUGCAUACUUUUCUAUUUUUCUCAUGACAACAAUUUCACUCUUUGUCCUCUUCCUUGGAGUUAAAUUUCGCUUUGAUUCUACCGAGUAUUCAAAAGUUUCAGAAGAAAUAAAGGUGAAUCUAGAAGUGAUAAAAAGACUGAUAGAAAACACGAAUGAUACGGAAAUAAAGGCCAUUGAACUCAAUGUAGUUAGUCUCAUUCGAAGGAUACCUCUCGUUUUGGAGUACUGGAAGGAUUACAAAGAAUCACUUGAAGGGUUAAUUGUCGUGUUUAAUGCUGGUGGGCAUGAUUUUGAUCCAAGUCAAAUGGGUGAUAAAUGGAGAGAAAUAAAGAAUUGCCUUGAGGAUUAUGGUCAUAUUGUGCGUGAUGUUUUAGAGCAGAACGAUCUAUUGAAUGGAAAAGAUUCUAAAAAUAAUUGA